AUGAGCUACAAAAGAGGUUCCACCAGUAGUCGCGGGAGAGGCGGGAGACAGUCAGGGCCCCAGCUUCCCACCACCCUGAUGGCAGAGGUGGACCCGUCAGGAUCGACCAGCAAUAGAAAUCGGGGACGACCUCGAGGCGCGGGACCUCGCAACAUCCCGAGACCGCAGAAGGAGGAUACCAAAGCUUCUCUCAGAGAAUUCAACGCAGCCCAGCGGCCAUCCGCCCCAUCGUUGCCCCCGUCUGAACCGCAAAAACCCCUACCCCGGCCGAAGCGGCAAAAGAUCGACGUUCCCGCCGAGCCACCAGCCAAGAAACGAAAGCGACCCGAACUAUCCCUGCCUGGAAAGUCUUCGAAGGAUGCAGAGGAUGGGGAGAUAGAAUGGCUAGAGUAUAUGUUGAGGAAAGAGAAAGGCAACGAGGAGCUGGAAGACGGAUUAGAUGAUCUCCUCGGUUUCGCAGACCUCGUUGGGCCUGGGGGAGAAGGAUUAGGACUGGCAGACGAAGAGGAGUCUGUCUCGGACGAGGACGAGGGGAACUCAUCGGACGAGGAUGACGAGGUGACGGCCGAUGCCGAAACUACCGAUGACGAGCAACAAGCGCAAGAGGAAGCCAAGUCCGAGACUGCCACCUCACCGAGAGAACCACCCCCUGAGUCCACCGAUGACCCCCUGCCCACAUUCGCAGCGCGCUACAUUCCCCCUCAUGAGCGUGCGGCGCAAUUAGAGGCCAAGUCUCGCGGUGACAAGGCAAAAGAGCUGGAGCGAGCCAAGUUGGAGCGUAAAGCUCAAGAUGUAACAACGUGCCUCACAAAUCUGAUUCUCUUUACCAUUGCCAACCGGAGCAACCUGCUCGAUUCGUUCGUCAUCUUAUACGCCACACUGGUCGGCGCACUGUACCGGAUCCUAGGAACAGAGUUUGGAGCCCACUUCGCCCACGCAACCAUAACCAAGUACCACCGGUCAAACCCCGAGGACAUGGCAGAAUCCUCCAAAUCAUCCCUCAACCUCUUGACACUCAUCGCUGAGCUCUACAAUGCACAGGUCAUCGGGGCCAACCUCAUCUACGACCUCAUCCGCUCGUUACUGGCCGAAACGCCUCGAGAAGCUGCCAUUAUGGGGGAGAUCCAAGUAGAGGGGCUGCUAAAGCUCUUGCGGUGUUCAGGCCAGCAGCUUCGGUCAGACGACCCAGCGAGCUUGAAGGACAUUGUGAAUCUUGUUCAGGACAAGACCAAGGGGAAAGAAAAGACCAUGACAACCCGAGCGAGAUAUAUGAUCGAGACGCUAGUCAAUCUCAAGGGCGGCAAAGCAAAGUCGACGCAAAACACAGAUGAUGAGGCGGUCAAUCGAAUGAAAAGGUUUCUCGGUGGUUUGAGCCGCAAGCGAAGAGUCGCCGUCUCAGAGCCACUCAGAGUCUCGCUGCAAGACUUUCUUGAUGCCGACACGCGAGGCAAGUGGUGGCUUGUCGGUGCCGGUUGGGCGGGCAAUCCCCUCGUCGAGCGGGAAAGGGUCACCAAGGUCGCGAGUACGAAGACCGAGGCGGUGGAGGAUGAGCAAAUUCUGCUCGAAGCAGCGAGGAACCAGGGAAUGAAUACCGAUGUCCGGCGUAGUAUCUUUGUGAUCCUCAUGACGAGCGAGGACUAUAUACAUGCCUGCGAUCGCCUCUCUCUCCUCAAAUUCACCGAGACCCAGCAGCGGGAGUUCGUCCGGGUCGCUCUUCACUGUUGUGCUACAGAAAAGACCUACAAUCCCUAUCACUCACUCAUAAUCAACCAUCUCUGCGCGGAAUCCUACUCUCAUCGGUUCACCCUCCAAUAUGCUCUGUGGGACUUUUUGCGCGAGUUGGGGGACGAUGCGGGAAAGGCGGCCAAGUUGCGGUGUGCCAAUGUCGCGCAAAUGUCGGCAUACGUGGUCGGGCGGCGGUCGCUCGAUAUUACCGUCUUCAAGGCGUUCGACUUUGUCAGCCUCAAACCUGUAGCCGUUCACUUCUUCGCGGUAUUCGUGUCUCGGCUCUGCCUCGCAACGCAAACGGUGUCUCCACUGUUUUCUCUGCCAAAAGCCUUCCGGCUCCAGGAUAUCGAUGAGGAGGCUGUCGAGGAGACGUUCGAGAAAGCUUUGACCAAUUAUACGUUGGCACAAGGAUUGACUUGGAUCGUUCGGCGGCCGGGGGCGGUAGAGCAGGGGAGCAGGGGGCUUGGCGAGACAGCGAAAAGUGUGAUCCAACGGGUAAUUAGCGUAGCAUCGCAGGUGCUAUCUCGAGCGGUGUGA